AUGAGUAGUGGUCACAACGGAGGUGGGCCUUGUGGUGCCUGCAAGUUUCUAAGGAGAAAGUGUGUGAAAGGGUGCAUAUUUGCUCCAUAUUUUGACUCGGAGCAGGGUCCGGCUCACUUUGCAGCAGUGCACAAGGUGUUCGGAGCCAGCAAUGCUUCGAAGCUGCUUCUGGGAAUACCGGCACACAAGCGCCUUGACGCCGUGGUUACUCUCUGUUAUGAAGCUCUGGCUAGGGUUAGAGAUCCUGUUUAUGGCUGUGUUGGCCAUAUCUUUGCUCUCCAACAGCAGGUGGUAAAUUUGCAGGCGGAGUUGGCAUACAUUCAAGCCCGUCUCUCUACCAUGCAACGCCUCCCCUUGCUGCCUCCUCUUCCCCAACGUCAAUCCCCUUCAGAAUUCGCAUCUACAUGUAAUGCAUCAAUGCAUUUUGAUCCUGCACAAUCUGAACAAUCAUCAAUGGAAAUGGAUAGCUUCUGUGAUUUUACUGAUCAAGAACUCGAAGAUGAUCUCCAAGCGUUAGCUCGAGAAUUUGUGUAUCGAUACUUGCCAGGAAUCAAGAAAUUGGAGAUGAUAAUCUCCAAGCGGUUGCUUGCGAAUUUGUCUCUCGAUACUUGCCAGGAGUAA